AAAGCCAGUUAGACGUGUAUUAUUAUGUAUUAUGUGUAGAUCUGUUAGCUCAAUCAAAAUUUAAACCAAGGAGCUGGCCCAACACACACGGAGACAGAGCGAAGGAGGGUGAGCGUGAGAGGAAGAGUGAGUCGAGUUUGUUGUAGCAAGGACAAUCCAACAAUGGAGCGACUCUCGCUAUCAGCAGUAACCAUGGCCAUACUUUUGCACUCGGUCAUGGGCAUCUCGUACUACUUCCUUCUAGCCCGCUGCUCCCCGGCGCCCCUGCUCGGCAGCUGGCUGUUCGUGGCCAGCAUUGGGGCAGUUCUGCAGGUGGUGCAUAUUUUUCCGCGAUGGGGCUGCAACUGUUCAUCUCUGUGCCGCCUCACCCUCGAGAUGGGCGUCUGCCUCCUGACGCUGGACCUGAUGCUGACCAAGCUGUGGUGUCGCAUCGAAUCGCUCUGCCACUGCGCUAUUGUCGGCAUACUGCAACAGCUAGUCACAGAGGAGUGCACCUUUGCCAACUGCGAGUACUGGCUGCUGGGUAUUACCACGAGCAUUAUCGGUGCCUGCCUGCUCUGGUUCACAGUGUGGGCCACAGCGCUGCCCUCCCGGCUGCGCCUUGACUUUACCAACUGGCAGACAAGUGUUUCACUUUCCGUCAAACGCAAUAUUUACAACAUGGCCUUCGGGACACCGAACAUGCAGCACAACAGCGCGCUCCGUUGCCAAGGCAGCAUGCAAAGCUUUGCCAGCUGAGCCUCUUAGUUCAGUUUGACGCUAGGCAUGCAAAUAAUUGAGCCAAAAAUUUGAUUGAGCUACACUGCUGACUACAUACCCAUGCAAUAGUGGAAGAUUGUGA